AUGCCCGUACUGGGCGGCGACAUUCUUGUCGGUAAAACCAUUCCCAUCCCCGAGGCGGCUCUGGAGACCGCCGCCGUGGGCAACACACGACUGCUCAAGCGCGACUGCAGCAUCGCGUCGCGGACGACAGAGAAGGGGGUGGUGGACAAGGUGAUGCUCACGGAGAACAGCGGGAAUCGGUUCACCAAGGUGAAGAUUCGCAGCAUUAAGAUACCAAACAUUGGGGAUAAGUUCUGUAGUCGUCACGGACAAAAGGGCACAAACGGGAUUCAGUUCCGCCAGGAGGACAUGCCCUUUAACCGUGAUGGAAUUGUUCCAGAUUUGAUUAUUAACCCGCACGCCAUUCCUUCACGCAUGACGGUGGCCCACCUCAUCGAGACGCUGGCGGGCAAGGUGGCGUGCUAUAAGGGGAGUGAGGUGUACGCCACACCCUUCUGCUCUGUUGUUGUGGAGGACUUUGGAAAGGCCCUGCACCAGCUGCGGUUUCAGCGCUAUGGCAACGAGUGUCUGUACAAUGGCCACACAGGCUCGCCGCUUGACCACCUCAUCUUUUUUGGCCCCACCUACUAUCAGCGUCUGAAGCACUUGUCUGGCGACAAGAUUCACGCUCGGCCUCGUGGGCCGCUGCAACCACUGGUACGCCAGCCCACAGAAGGACGGGCACAUGAGGGUGGUCUGCGCUUCGGUGAGAUGGAGCGGGACUGUAUGUUGUCCUACGGGGCCUCCCAGUGGCUUCGCGAGCGUCUCUUCCGUGUGAGUGACUACUACGCGGUCCAUGUGUGCAACAUCUGCGGGACCAUCUGCGCCGCCGACACGGAACAAAAUGUGUACAAAUGCCAAGGUUGCGACAACGACACACGUAUUUCCCAGGUUCUCAUGCCCUACGCAUGCAAGCUGCUGUUUCAAGAGCUCAUGUCGAUGGCUAUUCUCCCACGCCUCGGCACCGGACCCAUUUAA